AUGACUAAUUUUAAUAUCACUCAAGUCGAGGCAAUACUGAUUCUUGGGGAAGAGGGAGAGAAGAUCGCAGUAAGGUACUACAAACUACACCCUUCGAGCCAAUUGUCGAUAGCCGAGAAUGACCAAGUGGUAUUUGAAAAAUCAUUAGUAAAUCAAUUGGAACAAGCAAGACUCGCUAAUGUGGUACACGACUGCCUACUGAUUGAAAAUCAUCUGGUUGUGUUCUCAGUCCUAGCCGAUGUGUACGUAGUGGUAGUAGGACACCUCUCAGAGAACGAACUGAUUCUCUCACAAUUGUGUAAAAAUGUAGAAUCGGUGCUGGACUACAUAACAGGGUAG